AUGGCGAAAGAGAAAUCCGAGAAGCGUGACAAGAAGGAGAAGAAGGAGAAGCGCAGCGAUGCCGACGGCGUCAAAAAGUCCAAGAAGGAAAAGAAGUCGAAGCUUAAUGGCGAUAAUGUUGCUGCUGCGUUCGAGGAAGUGACUAAGGUCGAAGCUGAUGUGGAGGCGAAGGACCUGGUGGUUAAGGAGGGCAGUGGGGAGGUUGUUUUGAAACCUGUGGGUGCGUUGGUGCCGUUUGCGAAUCCUUUGGCGGAUGAGAAGGUUACGAAGAAGGUGCUGAAGAGUGUUAAGAAAGCUGCCAAAAACAAAACUCUCAAGCGUGGAGUCAAGGAAGUCGUCAAGGCACUGCGAAAAUCACCUCAAGGCGCAGCCAACACCGCUUUCCCGGGCAUCGUUAUUCUCGCAGCAGAUAUCUCGCCCAUGGAUGUCAUUUCACACAUCCCUGUCCUUUGCGAAGAUCACAACGUACCCUACAUCUUCGUCACUAGUCGGGCGGAAUUAGGAGCAGCAGGAAACACAAAAAGACCGACGAGCGUGGUCAUGGUUUCGGAGUCGAGAGUUGGCGCCAAGAAGGCAGAGAAAAUUGAGGGUGAUGAGGAGUUCGCAGAGGUCUAUAAAGAUCUGGUCAAGGUUGUGGAGAAGGAGUCGAGGAACGUUCGGAUAUAA